AGUUUUUAUCCCACCCACUCGUGGAGAGAGGGUGGUCCAUUUACAUCAUGACCUAGAAGUGUUCAUUUCAAAAACGCCACAACAACAAGACUUUGAAAGUUUUACCAUAUUUUUUCACGGACGUGAAGGGACCGUUGGUUGCAAAUACAGGAAGAGUGGAAUGGUGGGAAGAGGCACACGGGGGUGGUAGAGGCGUCCAGUAGGGUGUACGGUCAGUGAGGCUCUCGGUCCGGGACCAGGCGGCACAUAGAAAGCCUUCGCACACAUUGGGAUUCUGCUAUAUAUUCUGUAAACUCCGGUUAACAUGACACUCGUAUGUUUUCCCAUCCUUUCAUGGAUGUGUUUAUGUGCACUUUCCUCGCUGGUGAACUGUGGAGAUCAGCGUAUCCCGGAGGAUAAACUUUUAGUUUUGACUGUUGCAACCAAAGAGACAGAUGGCUUCAGGCGUUUCCUGAGGUCGGCCAAGCACUUCAACUACACUGUAAAAGUGCUCGGCCAAGGCGAGAAGUGGAGGGGAGGUGAUUACAUGUCGGCUCCAGGAGGAGGUCAGAAGGUUCGCCUGCUGAAAGAUGCCGUUGUGGAGAUAAAGUCCGAGGACCAGGUCAUCCUUUUUAUCGACAGCUACGACGUGGUUUUUGCCUCGGGUCCUAAAGAGCUACUCAGGAAGUUCCAGCAGGCCAAACACAAGGUGGUGUUCUCCUCAGAGAGCCUCAUCUGGCCAGACAGACAUCUGGAGGACAAGUACCCCCAUAUCAGGGAGGGCAACAGGUUUCUGGGUUCAGGAGGUUUCAUGGGCUACCUGCCCAACAUCAGAGAGGUGGUUGCUAACUGGACGGGAGCAGACAGCGACAGCGACCAGCUCUUCUUCACUAAGGUUUACGUAGAUCCAGCUAGAAGGAAGGCCUUAAACAUCACCCUGGACUCAAAGUGCAGAUUGUUCCAGAACCUUCACGGAGCUCUUGAUGAGGUGGUGUUGAAGUUUGAAGACGGUCGAGUUCGGGCCAGAAAUGUACAGUAUGACACCCUGCCCGUCAUCCUCCAUGGAAACGGACCAACUAAGCUCCAGAUGAACUAUCUGGGUAACUACGUCCCCAACUCGUGGACGUUUGAGAGCGGUUGCACCGCUUGCCUCGAGAACCUGCGUUCACUCUCAUCCCUGAAGGAAAGUGAGUACCCUCUGGUGGUGAUCGGGAUCUUCAUUCAGCAGCCAACGCCAUUCGUAUCUGUCUUCUUCGAACGUCUUCUGAAGCUCCAGUACCCAAAGAACAGACUCAAGCUCUUCAUUUCCAACCAGGAGCCUCAUCAUGAGCAGCAGGUCAGCUCCUUCCUGCAGAAUCAUGGGAGUCUGUAUCAGGAUGUAAAAUCCAUCCGGCCUGACGAGGAGAUGGGUGGAGCAGAUGCUCGUGACUUGGCCUUUGACAUGUGCCGGAAAGACAAGGAGUGUGAUUAUUUCUUCAACUUGGACAUUGAGGUGGUCCUAAAGAACGAGAACACAUUGAAAAUCUUGAUUAAGCAAAACCUGCCCAUCGUGGCGCCCAUGAUAACUCGAGCGGGCCGACUGUGGAGCAAUUUCUGGGGGGCGCUCAGCGAGGACGGCUACUACGCCCGAUCUGAGGACUACGUGGACAUCGUCCAAGGACGGAGAGUGGGCUUGUGGAAUGUACCGUACGUUUCCAGCGUCUACUUGGUGAAGGCGAGCCUGCUGCAGGCAGAGCUGAAGGACUACCAACUGUUUACCUCAGAGAGCUUAGACCCCGACAUGGCUUUCUGCCACAACGUUCGCAGCAAGGGUGUCUUCAUGUACGUAAACAAUUUACACACAUUUGGCCGCAUUCUGUCGACAGAGAAGUACAAGACAGAACAUCUUCACAAUGAUCUGUGGCAGAUCUUUGAAAAUCCUCUGGACUGGCAGGAACGUUACAUCCACGAGAAUUACACCCGCAUGAUUAAGGAGAAACUGAUUGAAAAUCCGUGUCCAGAUGUUUACUGGUUCCCAGUGUUCACUGAUGUGGCCUGUAACCAUCUCGUUGAAGAAAUGGAACACUUUGGCAAGUGGUCAGGAGGGGGAAAUACGGAUACCAGAAUCCAGGGGGGCUAUGAGAACGUCCCCACCAUCGACAUCCACAUGAACCAGGUCAACUUUGAAAAGGAAUGGCAAAAGUUCUUGCUGGAGUUUGUUGCACCCAUAACAGAGAAAAUGUUCCCUGGGUACUACACCAAGGCUCAGUUUGACUUGGCCUUCGUAGUUAGAUAUAAGCCAGACGAGCAGCCCUUUCUGCGGCCGCAUCACGACGCCUCUACAUUCACUAUAAACAUUGCACUCAAUCAAGUCGGCACUGACUACCAGGGUGGUGGAUGCCGCUUCCUCCGAUACGACUGCUCCGUCCAGGCCCCCCGGAAAGGCUGGGCCCUCAUGCACCCCGGCCGCCUCACUCACUACCACGAAGGCCUGCCCACCACUGCGGGGGUCCGCUACAUCGCAGUGUCCUUUGUGGAUCCCUGAACUUCACCACUGCAUAUUCCAGACUGUAUGGGACACUGUGACGCCCAAAAUAAUCUGACUGUUUUUUACAAUUUUUUUAUCUUUAUCUCCGAAACAUUUUUAAUUAGUUCAAUCACCGAUACUCCAUGUUGACUGUAAGCUUUAGUUCGUCAUCAUUUACUAACUGAGCUGGGGACGUUUUAAUUCUUGCAUGUGAAAAUACAACAACUUACUGGGAACGUAAAGGAGAUGGGAUCUAAA